AUGAUCGAUUCAGGCGAUAGAUUCUACGCCCCCAGCGGCGCCAUUUACCCUGGCGGCCCAAGCACCUGGCAUAUCAUCGACUGGGACCAACGGCGGCUCGUUUCAGUCACCAUGAAUGAGGAGCUUGAGUCGGAGGAUCCUGCAUUCGAACAGCUCAUUAAGCAUAUUGACAGCCUUCCGCCAGACGUCUACGAAAUUCACGUCUCUCCCGACGGCAACUUGAUAUCCACAUCUGCGGAUCCAAAGGAUGACGAGACACGCUGUGCUUACUAUCCACCGCUCGAUAGUGUCCAGCGCCCAGAAGGAGUUCAAGUCAUCUCAAGAUCACAUCUUCAAGAAAUCGAUAGACUGGGUCCAAAUGUUGACCUUGUUACAUGUCCACACUCUUCUGAACCUACUCAAAAAUUCGUCUUCAAAUACUACUUCCUCCUUCAACACCACAUAGUCGUGGAUGAACUUGAAGGGCGUUUCGUUGGUUUUACGAGCGUCUACAUCCCCGGAGGUACCUUGGAAGAGAACAAUACCCGCACAUUUAAGCUCAAAUGGCUUCACCAGCUUAUCAACGUGAUUGAUGGAUUAAACCUAAAUCUCGGUAUUUCUCAUCAGGAUAUCGCGCCGCGGAACCUCCUCAUACACGAGCCAACAGAUUCCCUGAUGCUUUUCGAUUUCGAUUUCUCCGCGCGCAUCGGAAGGACGGGAUACUCGGAGGCGCGGAAUGAUGUAAAGGGAACUUUGUUCACCAUGUACGAGAUAAUCACUCGCAAUGAUAAUCUCCGUGCCAUCAGACACGAGGACCAAGACGUGUCCCUUAUUGAGCACAAGGAAUGGGUGAGGCAUCCUGAUGUUCAGCUAGACCGCCCCGUCUCGGAAUUUCGUUGCGUCCUUGAGGAAUGGUGUGAGAGGCGGCGAGCCGGGAAGCAAAUUACUUUAAACACAGAGGCCCCCAAUUUCUUGGACUGGCCGCCGUUUCCCGAUCCACCGCUUUCAGAAGUCCAAGUCCACUACGUAGGCGGAACUGUCAAGGAGAUGAAAAAGUUGUAUGAUUGGAAAAGGACCGAUUUGCAAAAACAAGGAAAGACGAUACUAAAGUGGCAGCGCCCUCCUCAAAGGGCUAAGCAGGGACAGGUGCAAUAG